AUGAAUGGUUUUGCAACAGUUAAUCGAGGGAAGCUAUUUGCUGCUGAAAAUUAUAAGAAAGGUACACGUAUAUGGUUAAGAGAUUCAGAAAAAGUUUGGAUAGGUGGUGAAUUAUUAGAUGACUUUAAGUUUAAUUCACGAAAUAAGGUACAGCUACAAGAUGGACAGGUGACGGAAAUUAUGGUUGACGAAUCAGAAGAACUUCCAUUCUUACGUAAUCCAGAUGUGUUACUUGGUUGCGAUGAUUUGACAACAUUAAGUUAUUUGCAUGAACCUGCCGUUCUCAAUCAUCUUAGUUUUCGAUUUGUUAAACGAGAAGCAAUUUACACUUAUUGUGGUAUUGUUUUAGUAGCUAUUAAUCCGUAUGCAAAUUGUUCACAACUUUACGGAGAUGACGUUAUACAGGUAUAUCGUGGUGUUGGUAAACAAGUACGAGAACUUGACCCUCAUAUUUAUGCUGUCGCAGAAGAAGCAUUUUAUGAUUUAUCUAAAUUUGGUAAAGACCAAUCUGUUAUUGUUAGCGGUGAAUCUGGUGCUGGCAAGACAGUUUCUGCUAAAUUUGUUAUGAGGUAUCUGGCAUCAGUGGCAUGUUCAUCAUCGAGCAAAUCAUACGGCAGUAAACCGGUGGCAGGUAUUGAGGAUCGUGUUCUGGCAUCAAAUCCAAUAAUGGAAGCAAUCGGAAAUGCGAAAACAAUUCGAAAUGAUAAUUCUUCUCGUUUUGGAAAAUAUAUACAAAUUGAUUUCAAUGAUCAUUUUGGUAUUGCUGGUGCUGAGAUGAGAACUUAUUUGUUGGAAAAAAGUCGUGUCGUAUUUCAGGCAGAAAAUGAACGCAACUACCAUAUUUUUUAUCAGAUUUGCGCAUCACGAUCGCAUGCUCUUUUGAAAGACCUUAAACUAGGUGAUUGGCAUUCAUAUUUUUAUACGUGUCAAGGAAAUAGCGGUGAAAUAGAAACAGUUGACGAUCAGAAUGAUUUCCUACAAACGCUGGCUUCUCUUGAUCUUCUUCGAAUUUCAACGGACACUCAAAAGUCGAUACUUCGUUUGUUUACGGGUCUUCUUCUGUUUGGCAAUAUAAGAUUUGCUGAUAGAUCCAAUGAAUGUACAAAAAUUGAUCAAAGUAGUUCCGAUACAAUCAGUCAACUGUGUGGAAAGAUGUACGAAAUAAACGAAAACGAUUUAUGCAUGUGGUUAAUUGUUCGCGAAAUUAUUGCUGGAGGUGAAUCUGUUCGGAAACCACUGACUACUGCUGAAGCAGUAGAACGCCGGGAUGCGUUAGUUAAGAUUCUUUAUGCCGCAGCGUUUUCUUGGAUAGUUAAAAAAGUAAACGAAGCUUUGGGAGAACAAUUGAAAAACAAUAAAUCAAAAAACACUAAACGGUUCAUUGGAGUUCUCGACAUAUAUGGAUUUGAAACUUUGGAAGUUAACAGUUUCGAACAGUUCUGCAUUAAUUAUGCGAAUGAAAAACUUCAACAACAAUUUUGUCAGCAUGUAUUUAAACUUGAACAGUCGGAAUAUGAACGAGAGGAGAUUGACUGGAUACGGAUUGAUUUUUACGACAAUCAGCCAUGUAUUGAUUUGAUAGAAGGUAGACCUGGUAUCAUUGAUUAUCUUGAUGAGCAAUGCAAGAUGGGUCAGGGGACUGAUCGAGAUUGGUUAGAAAAAUUACGAACAUGCCAAAUGCUCAAAAAAACGCAACAUUUCCAGUUACCGAAGAUAAAAAAUCCAACAUUCAUAAUCAGACAUUUUGCUGCCGAUGUUACUUAUAAUGUGGAUGGUUUCUUGGCGAAGAAUAAAGAUACAAUAAGUCAACAAUUAAUAGCUGUUAUGAAGAAUAGCAAGUUUGACUUAAUGCGUGAGAUACUGGAUGUCGAGAAUGACAAAAAGUCAUUCGGACGUGGGACCAACUUUCUUAUACCUAAUACCGAGCAUUCCAUGAAGAAAUCCGUCUCUUUCCAGUUUCGUGAUUCAUUGCGUGAAUUAAUGGCAGUGCUAAGUACCACACGGCCACACUACGUACGUUGCAUCAAACCAAAUGAUGAGAAAUUACCAUUUACAUUCACACCUAAACGAGCUAUUCAACAGCUUCGAGCUUGCGGAGUUCUUGAAACGGUGCGUAUAUCAGCUGCCGGAUAUCCUUCAAGAUGGAUGUAUGAAGAUUUUUCUCGGAGGUACCGAGUUCUUUAUCCAGAAAAGAAGUUAUGGCUAGAAGAGCCAAGAAUUUUUGCAGAAAAAGCAUGUAAUAAAUAUCUUGAGAAUAAAAUGUAUGCUUUGGGUAAAACAAAGGUAUUCUUUCGAACUGGACAGGUAGCUUUAUUGGAAAGAAUACUUCACGAAAAAUUAGCAAAUUCAACAAUAAUGAUUCAGAAGAUUUGGAAAGGUUACAUUUGUCGGAAAAAAUAUCAAAAUAUCAAAGAAUCAUUACUGAAAAUUCAGCUUUAUUCACGUGCAUUCCUAAUGUACAGACGCAUGAAAUAUCUUCAAAUGUAUCGUGCUGCAGUUUGCAUACAAACUGCAUUUCGUCGCUACAUAGCACAGCAUCGUUACACAUUACUGAAAGCAGUUAUUAUCAUGAUACAAACUCAUUAUCGAGCAUCGCUUAUACGUCAAAAAAUAGAAAAGUUACGGCACGAGCAGAAAGCAAUCGUAAUUCAAAAAUAUUGUCGUGGCUGGCUAGUGAGGCGUCAUCAGAUCGAUCAUAACAAAAAGAUCGUCAUGAUACAAUGUCAAGUGCGACAAUGGCUUGCAAGGAGGCGUCUACGUGAAUUGAAGAUUGAAGCUCGAUCUGUUGGACAUUUGCAGAAAUUAAAUAAAGGCCUUGAAAAUAAGAUCAUUUCGUUGCAGCAAAAACUCGAUUUCAUGACUGCAGAAAAUGGUCGAUUAUGGACAAUUUCAGCAGAAGCUGAUAAAAUGCGGGUAGAAAUGGCGAAUUUGGAGACACAAAGAUGUGUACUGCUGGCUACCAAAGCACAUGCGGAAGAUUUGGAAGCAAAAGUGAAAUUAUUAGAAGCUAGUCGGAAAGAAGAAGCAGCAAAGAAUAUUAAAUUAGAGGAAGAACUACAAAAUACGAAAGAUAGGUUGAAAAUGGAAUUUGAAGAAACAAUUGCGAAAAUAAAUGCUUUGAACACUGAAUUGUCAAGUCUUCGUGCUCGUUACAAUAAUUUAAUGAAGCAGAAGAAAUUGGUGGAUGUUGAAUUAGCUAAAGAGAAGAACCGUUACUUGGCAUCGGAACAAGAAAUAUCACAGAUGCGUGAACAGUUGCUUGCAAAUGCUAAUCUUUUAGCUAGUCCAGCAUUAAGUCGAACUGGAAGCAUGCGACUUACACAAAAAAAUUUGAAUCAAUCGAUGUUGAUCGGUGAUACAAAUGGCAAAAUAGUUACCAUUGGCUUAGACAGUAAUGAGAUUGAUGAAGUGGUCCUCAUACUGAAGCAACAACAUGUUAUUAAUUCUCUUCGCUCCAAAAUGGAGCAGAUUUCAAGAGAAAACGAUCGUUUGAAAUCAAUAAUGGAUGCUAAUUUACUGGUCGAAAAUUUAGAUAAGCGAAUUGCUAUGAAGGCUUUUGAUGCACAGCGAAUGCAAGAACUUGAAUUGGCAUAUAAGAAGCUUAAAGACGAAGUGGAACGAUUACUUGAAGAGAAAGUGCAAAAUGGCUCUGAAGCAAUGAAUUUUCGAUCAUUUGUUGAAAAAAUAGUAGAAGAAAAUGAUAGGCGUCGAGAAGAAGCUGUUGAAUUACGAGCCAUAUUGGCUGCACGAUUUGAACAACGAGCUCAAGUUUCAAAUUCAUCACGUCCAGAUGGUGACCAAUGGUCUAGCAUACAAAGCGAUGAUAGUUCCUGCAGUGAUUUGGAUGAAGAAUUGAACUUAGGAAGACAAUGUCGCCAGUUGAAGUCACAUAUACAAAUGCUUUCGCGAACAAUCACUGAAAGGAAUGCAGAAAUUGAGCGAUUGGAACAGCGUUUAAAUGAAUUCACAACUUCAAAGAAAUCGACGGAUGACAGUCAUUCGACAAAAGAAACAUUAUCUGAUAUUCAUCAACAACUGAAUCAGUUGGCAUCUGAGAAUUUGAGUUUACAAGACAAAAUCAAUCGACAGUCCGAUGAACUGUCCGAAGUGAGAGCACAAUUACGUGGCUCUUCCGGACGAAUCACUUUUUCACUUGAUAAUGCCUCUGAUGCAGAUAUCAUUCGUUUGGAAAUGCUAAAGAAAGAUAAUGUUGAACAUUCUUCACUUCUAGAAGUUUUUAAUGUACCAGAAUUCACAAGAAUACUUGUUUGUGAUUUGAAACCACGACUUGCUCGUCUCUUAACACCUUGCUUGCCGGCAUAUCUUCUGCUUGCAGCCUUCCGAUACUAUGAUCAUAUCAAAGACGAAGCUGGUCUUACUGGUUUAUUUUCAGCUAUUCAUAUAGUGCUGAAGGAUACAUUAUCACAUUCAAAUGAUAUGGAUGUAUUAUCAUUAUGGUUGGUUAAUUCGUGGCGUUUAUUAAAUCUUUUACGACAGUACAGCGGUGAAAAUAACAAUGAAUGGUCUAUGGCCAAUUCUGAAAAGCAAAAUAAUCAGCGAAUGCAAAAUUUUGAUCUAAGUCCUUUACGAAAUCAACUUCGUGCUCGUGUUGAAGAAUCAUUUCAAAAUCUUUUAAAACGAUCUAUUGAACCAGUACUUUCACCAAAAAUAGUUCCUGCUAUAUUGCAACAUGAAUCGAGUCAAAAGAUGAUGAAUGGUAUCAGCGUAGAGAAUAAUGAACGACGACGGUCAAUGAAGGAGCAAAGUUCACAGCGUGCUUUAGAUGAUUUAAUUGAAUUACUAAAUUUCAUUCAAAACAAACUCAAAGUAUAUGGAGCAGAUUCUGUGCUAUUAGGACAAGUGUUCGGACAAAUGACCUACUGGAUUUGUGCACUAGCAUUAAAUCAUUUGAUGUUUAGAAAAGAAUUAUGCAAUUUCGAAAAAGCUAUACAAAUCAAACAUAAUGUUACCGAAGUGCAGUCAUGGCUUUCUGCAAAUGGACUAUCUGCACAUCGUGAAACUUUAGAACCGUUGGUGCAAGCAUCUCAUUUGCUGCAAUCUAAAAAAGAUGAAUCAAAUUUGGACACUUUAUGUGGUGAGAUGACCUCAAAAUUGAAGCCAAAACAGGUGAUGGCAAUAUUGCAACAUUAUGCUCCAACGGAUGGCUUUGAAGAAAGACGAUUGAGUCCUGAUUUUCUAAUUAAAGUUUCUGAAAGGUUAAAUGCCAGAACAAGAGCAAAUGGUGGAACAGAUGCUGAUAUUAAUACGCUGAUUAUGAUGGGUACUUAUUUAACACCUUUCAAUUCUGAACCAUUUGUUUAUUCGGAUUUUAACCUGGAAACAUUAUCGUUACCCACAUGUUUGCAUUUGCAAGCAAUUUGUAAGUUAUUAUAG